GGAUAUAAAAGGCCCCCACAGCCCAGGAAACCCCACACAGAACCUCCCUCCUCACCUGCUCCUGCGACCACUCCACUCCACCUCCAGAACCAUGGGCUGCUCUGGCUGUUCCGGGGGCUGCGGCUCCAGCUGUGGGGGCUGCGGCUCCAGCUGCUGUGUGCCCGUGUGCUGCUGCAAGCCCGUGUGCUGCUGUGUGCCCGCCUGCUCCUCCAGCUGUGGCUCCUGUGGGGGCUCCAAGGGGGGCUGUGGCUCCUGUGGGGGCUCCAAGGGGGGCUGUGGCUCCUGUGGGGGCAGCAAGGGGGGCUGUGGCUCCUGUGGGGGCUCCAAGGGGGGCUGUGGCUCCUGUGGGGGCUCCAAGGGGGGCUGUGGCUCCUGUGGGGGCUCCAAGGGGGGCUGUGGCUCCUGUGGGGGCUCCAAGGGGGGCUGUGGCUCCUGUGGGGGCUCCUGUGGGGGCUGUGGCUCCUGUGGGGGCUCCAAGGGGGGCUGUGGCUCCUGUGGGGGCUCCAAGGGGGGCUGUGGCUCCUGUGGGGGCUGUGGCUCCUGUGGGGGCUCCAAGGGGGGCUGUGGCUCCUGUGGGGGCUCCAAGGGGGGCUGUGGCUCCUGUGGGGGCUCCAAGGGGGGCUGUGGCUCCUGUGGGGGCUCCUGUGGGGGCUGUGGCUCCUGUGGGGGCUCCAAGGGGGGCUGUGGCUCCUGUGGGGGCUCCAAGGGGGGCUGUGGCUCCUGUGGCUGCUGCCAGUCCAGCUGUUGCAAACCCUGCUGCUCCCAGUCCAGCUGCUGUGUGCCCGUGUGCUGCUGCAAGCCCGUGUGCUGCUGUGUGCCCGCCUGCUCCUCCAGCUGUGGCUCCUGUGGCUGCUGCCAGUCCAGCUGUUGCAAACCCUGCUGCUCCCAGUCCAGCUGCUGCCAGUCCAGCUGUUGCAAACCCUGCUGCUCCCAGUCCAGCUGCGGUUGCUGUGUGCCCGUGUGCUGCCAGUGCAAGAUCUGAUAUUAACUUUGCAAGAUUCUUACCCAAUCAGGGCCCCCCCUGGGCAGGCAGCAUGGUCCCAGCCUAGCUUCUGCCUUUCCCAGCACCCUGAGAACCAGACCCUCCUCCCCACCCCUGCAUGUCCAUCUUCCUCACCACGGCGAGUUCUUCCCCUUCACCUCCUGCUGAGAAACACACGGUCCUUGGGCCCAAGAAGAAUCAGCUCUGUGGCCUCCCCUCUGCUCCAGCCUCUCUCCUGUGCAGCACCUGUCCUGCGUGCCCCGCCCCUCGCCCACUGUGAACAUUCACGCGAGGCUCUGACGGGCGUUCCUCAGCUCCUCUUCCAUCACGAGGAGCCCCAAUCGGGCUGGUGCUGUGGUGUAGCAGGUAAAGCCGCUGCCUGCAGCGCUAGCAUCCCAUAGGGCGCCAGUUCAAGUCCCCGCUGCUCCACUUCCGAUCCAGCUCCCUGCUAAUGCACCUGGGAAAGCAGCAGACGAUGGGCCAACUGCUUGGCUCCUGGCUUUGGAUCAGCCCAGCUCCACCAGUUGAUGCCAUUUGGGGACUGAACCACCGAUGGAAGCUCCCCACCCCACCCCACCCCACCCCCCUCUCUGCCUCUCUGUAACCCUGCCUUUCAAAUAAAUUAAAAAAAAAAAAAAAA